AUGAUGAAGUACUUGGAAAUGAGGCAAGAGCAAAAUAAGGCACCAAGCCCUUGUUUGCCCAGACAUGCUCUGCCCACAACUGCCACUCCAUCGCCCAUCUGUUUGCUACUAGAGGCUAUAGACCACAUUAAAGUGGGCUCUUACUAUGAAAUCAACCACUGUAAGCUCCCUCCCAGAACCACCCCAGAACAGCUCAAGGCGGUUCGGGUCGUCAUGGUGAGUGAGAAGGGUGCGCUCAAAGUGGCUUUGAGGUUCCCAAGCAUUCACUCUCUCCACACUCACAUCACCGAAGGAGGCUACGCAAAACCAUUGGCCAAGCAGAUUCCAGCGCUUAACGAGAAGUACGUGAUGCCAGCAGAAAUGGCUUCAGAGGUGCUUUACCGGAGAAUCCCACCUCAGGAAAUUGCAGAUCGGAGCAACAUUUGGAGCUUCUGGGCUGCUACACCCUCUGUGACAAAUUACCAGAGAAUAAGCUCUUCACCGAGCCCAGCAGUCAGCGGUGAGGUCAUGAACAGGAGUGUGGUUUCCAAAAAGGGUCCAUGCUGGUCGGAGCUAAAGUUCACUGGGAUGGUGACGUGGGGUAAGCGCCGGCAGGUUCGGUACCUGUGCAGGCACCAGCCUUCACCGAGCUCUAGUGCUGACGAAGAAGAAGAGAAUGGGAAGGAGCUAACAGAGCUAGAGGAAAAUGGUGAUGAUUUCUAUGUGGAUGUUAAAGCAAUAACUGUGAUAGAGGAAGAUGAUGAUAUUGAAGAAGAAGAAGAAGAUGUGAAAACAGAGGGCGAGGCUCCUCCUGUUGUGCCCUGGAAGAUGAACCUUACGAGUAGGAAGAGGAAGCACCAAGAUCACCAUAGAAAGCCCAAGAAAACCACAAAGAAAUCAAUAUCUAUAACAAAACGUCAAAAGCAGAAUCAAGUUGUAGCAGUUCCCGAUCGGAGUAACAAGAAAUUGGUAAAACACACAGUGGCAAGAUGGUCUGCAGGGAGGUGCAAGGCUGCAGAGGAAAACAUGCUGGGGGUGAUGAAGGCCAAGGGUGCUAAAUUUGGGAGCCUAAUACUGAGGCCAGCGCUGAGGUCUGAGGCAAGGCAGCUGAUUGGAGAUACGGGUUUGUUGGACCAUUUGCUCAAACACAUGGCGGGCAAUGUGGCGCCAGGUGGAGCCGAGAGGUUUAGGCGGCGCCACAAUGCAGAUGGAGCCAUGGAGUAUUGGCUGGAGAGUGCUGAUCUAUUUGAUAUCAGAAAACAAGCUGGGGUUCAAGACCCUUAUUGGACCCCACCACCUAGGUGGGAGCCUGGUGAUAAUCCCACUCGAGACCCCACUUGUCCCAGAGAGAUUCAUGAGCUUAGAGAAGAGAUAACCAAGAUAAAAAGGUGA